UUGAUGGCGAUGACUGAGCGUGCGGGAACAUUUCUUUCCGGUUCCUGUCAAGCUUUCGUAUCCUAUGUUUUUUUAAAGUGCACGACCUUUGAUUCGCAAGAAAUAUUGCUUGCCACUACGUGAUUCCAUUCCUUUGAAAAUAAAAGUGCCGCCUGGUGAAUGCGUGUUUACAGGAAGGUUUAUAUUUGCGAGGUGGUAAUGAAAGCUGUGCUUCGCCGCCGGAAAAAAAUCUGCUGCUCCGUCUACGGCGAGUCAGUCGUGUCCUUCGCCGGGACCGGUUCGCAACGUGUGAUGGCGCCUGUGCGAGUGGCCUUGCUUCUGCUUUGCCUGGGACACGCGUCGGCGGCUUCUUGCCAGGAUACGGACUACCUAGGGACAUGCACUUCCAACUGCGGCAGCUACAAGUUCUUUGUGUGCAGCAACGUUCACAGGGUGAGCGAUUAUUAUCACUAUGUUCAGCAGGCACUGCACUACCCGAAUCUUUGGUUCGUCCUCAAAGACAGUCAUUUGGACUACUACCCGGCGGGAUCGUUUACCGAUGGCAACUUAACCGUAAUUGAGUUCCGAAACGCCCGGGUCAACAGCUUCACGCAGUUUGACAAGGGACCGAACCCGUUCCUUGGCGCCGAGCAGACUGUGAAAGCUAUUGUAUUUCGUGAGGACAGUAGCCUGCCGGGCAGCUGGGCACUCUUUAGCAGGCUUGCCAAGUUGACCAAGGUUGAAUUCCGGGACAUGGCGCAUCUAGAGCUAACCAGCGACUUCAACCUGCUGCCAGCGAGUGUGGAGAAAGUAUACAUAUACAACUCCAGCAUCGGCUACGUGCACCCUGGAUGGCUCUCCCAGCUGAAUGCUCUCAGAGUGGUCAUCAUACGCGACACAAAUCUGAACCAGUUCGUCCGGUCCAUGCUGCCUCGACCGGCGCCCUUGCUCAAGGAACUGGAUCUUGAAAGGAACGCCCUGACUGGUCUUCCGGUGGAUAUUGGUGAGGAGGUGCCCAUGCUCGAGUUUCUCAAUGUAGGACGCAACAAAAUUACCACCUUGGACGAGCGAAGUCUGGCUCCCCUGAGACGAAACGGAACCUACGUGUACCUUUUUGGAAACCCGCUUCGGUGUGACUGCCACCUAAAAUUCCUGGUGGAGUACGAGGAGAGCUGGACGUACUCGGAGUGCGCCCUGCCUGAAAACCUCAGGGGUCGCUACUUUGGAACUCUCAGCGCAGAGGAAAUGACGUGCGACUAGAGUAGCGAGUUUUUAUGGACAGGCCUACACCCACGAGAUUGGCGGUGUGGCAAUUUCGUCCCUCACUUUAUGGAAAAAUUGUUUUUUUUUUAAGUAAAUGCCUAUCAAGUGGUAACUC